UUCACUGCUUGCCCCAACUUUUCCUGCAAAAUCUACAACUUAAUAACCUGUUAUUGUUAAUAACAUGUAAGACUAAUUCAUCGCUUAUCAAAAGGAAAAAAGAUCGUCAUUUUCUCUGCAACCCUAAAACCCUAAUAAACUCCCAAUUUACAGCCGAAAAGAAAUAAAUAAACUCACAUGUAUCUGUGUAUAACUUGAAAUUCCACUUUCAAAUUCAUUCGAUUUUCAUUGAAAGAACAAUACCCUUUUCCAUUUUUUCUUUCGUUUAUUUCCUCGAUCAUUGCUUAGAGUUCCUUUUCUGGUUGAUUCCUAUUAGUUUGGAAAGCGAAGGGUCUUAAUUUUUAAAUUUCUACCACGUUUAUUUCAUUUUUGUUAUGAUAAUAUAAAGAGAAUGGGAUCGAGCUUGCUUCAAUGGGAAUCCGACCCUCUGUUCUCAGCAGCCGAAGUUGUUCAAGAUUCAGCUGACAGGAUGGAAUCCAUUUUUCGCCUUCUUUUGCAUGAUCAAAGUCUUGUUCAAAGCAAUCAUUCUGACCGGAAGCUGCUUACCUCGAUUGAGUAUCAUAGGCGUGAUCUUGUUACCAUACUCGAAACAGCAAAAUGGCAGUUGGAAGAUUUUGAACGAGCAGUUAGCUUAUCAGCUAGGAUGGACCAGUCACACGCUAGGGAGGAUGUGAUUUCCAGACAUAAACAGUUUAUUAGAGCCAUUAGCGAACAGAUAAAUCAUGUUGAGAAGAGCUUGGAGAAAAUGUCAAUGGGAAAUUCCUUGAAAAACUCGGAGUGGGGAAACUUGAAUAAACAAGAUAGAGAUGGUUUGGCAUUAUUUCUUUCAGGGGGGAAUCAUAAUGAACACAAUCACCGUUAUGACUUUGAUGAUAGUGACAUCUUGAAAAGAUUUCUUGAACCAGCCACAGCUUCUUGCUCAACAGAUGCUGGACUUGUUGGGAAUGAAUGUGGAGAAAUUGAAGAAGUGACUACAAAUGGUGUUGCCUAUGGUAGCCAUUAUUAUGAUUCUAUGAAGGAGAACAAUUUAAGGAAAGUGGGUUCUCAUUAUUCUAUAAAAUUGGGUCUGGAUGAAGUGGAUUCUUUCCAAGAGAGUUCCUGUAACAGGAAUGCUGGAGGUGGAAGUUGGGAUUUAGAAGCUAGUGAAGUCAAACCUAAGAGUUUCUUCCAGGAGAAUAAGUCAAGAGGUUCUUCAACAAGUCCCUUUAGGUUCUUCAAUAAUCUAUGGGCUGCAUAUAGGAGUAGGGUUCCUAGCAAUUAUACUAAGCGAUUAAAAGAUGGAGAAGAAGAGCAUUCCCCAUCAUACAUUGAUGCUUCUCAUGCAACACAGGUUCAGUGUAUUGGACUAAGGUCAGCACCUGGAGACCAUGGUCUCCAGGGAUUACAUGGGUUUCUCAUAAAGUUCAUGCACCUGAGAAGGACGCUUGGGGCAUGUAAUGCCAGAUGUGAUAGAUUUUCAUAUCUUGUCAAAUUUAAUCGACGAUCCGUACAAAUGAUACUGACAAUAGUAUUUGCCUUCACACUUUUAGGCAUAUUGGUAUUCCAUGUCACUUGAAAAUGGUCGUUUGCAGUUUGAUAGAAACUUCAUUUUGGAUGCCCAAAGUGGGUGGAAGCACUAUUUUCUCUCACCUUCUGCCCCUUAAUCAUGUGGUUAUGAGGACUGAGGACUUGUUGUUUGUGCCUGUUGAAAUUCUCCACUGUGUGGGUUGUUUCUUGUAACAAUUAUUGAGCAUAUAAUCACUGAUCAUGAGUAAAACCCUUUAUCUGCUUGCAAACCCUUCUGGGGAAUAUUCCAUUGAUUUGAUCGUUCCUAAAGGUUUCAUGUUGAAUUGCUAUCUAUUGGCUGUCUGUGCUGGGUUUUCAGGUAGUGUCGCUGUGCAGAUUACUUGCUCUGCUCCUGUAGCAAGCUGACUAUCACAAAGUAACAUUCGAAUUUGGUAGCCAAGCCUGGAAAUUUGCUAUCUGUAAUAGAAAAACUCGCUAUAUCAUGUACCCUAGUGCAGCAAAUCUGAGAAAUUUAUUCAGUAUUUUGUGCGGCCUGUCUCUGAUGUUACAGGUCUACUGCAGUCAAUACAAUCAGUUCAACAUUAUCAUCUGCUUAA